GAGCCGCGCGCAUCAGCGGUAGGAGGGGACAGAGCCGCUCCUGCGGGCGCACCGGCAGCCCCGGCUCCGCAGGUGCCGCUCGACCGGCAGCGGCACCGCACGGCCCGGCCCGGCUCGGCUCGGCUCGGCUCGGCCCGGCCCGGCUCUGCUGCCGCGGGACGGGCCGGCGCGGCCGCACUAAGAUGUGCCAUGAGCGGUCCGGCCCCGGCGCCGACCGGCCGCUCCGCCUGAGCCGCGGGCAGCGGCCGCCCGCUCCCCCCGGUGCUGCCCCCGGUGCUGCCCCCGGUGCUGCCCCCGGUGCUGCCCCCGGGGCCGCGGGGCCGCGCCGGCCCGCGCCCUCCCCAGCGAUGCCCCACCUCUGGCCGGCGCUCCGCGGCGUGCUCUGGGAAUACUGGGCAGCGCUCCUGGUCGGCGGCUUCUGGGGCCAGGGCUCGCACGGGAUGCCGCAUGUCAUCCGGAUAGGAGGGAUCUUUGAGUACGCAGAUGGCCCCAACACCCAGGUUAUGAGCGCUGAGGAGCAAGCCUUCAGAUUUUCUGCCAAUAUUAUUAAUAGAAACAGAACUUUGCUGCCUAACACAACGCUAACCUACGACAUUCAGAGGAUACACUUCCAUGACAGCUUUGAAGCAACUAAGAAAGCCUGCGACCAGCUCGCUCUGGGGGUCGUAGCAAUAUUCGGACCUUCCCAAGGCUCCUGUACCAAUGCCGUCCAGUCUAUCUGCAAUGCCCUGGAAGUCCCCCACAUACAGCUUCGAUGGAAGCAUCACCCUUUGGAUAACAAGGACACUUUCUAUGUCAACCUGUAUCCCGACUAUGCUUCUCUUAGCCAUGCCAUUCUGGACCUUGUGCAGUAUUUGAAAUGGAGGUCAGCCACUGUGGUUUACGAUGACAGUACAGGCCUCAUACGGCUGCAAGAGCUCAUCAUGGCCCCAUCCCGGUACAAUAUCCGGCUGAAAAUCCGCCAGCUCCCGCUGGACACCGACGAUGCCCGGCCGCUACUGAAGGAGAUGAAGCGGGGCAGGGAAUUCCGCAUCAUCUUCGACUGCAGCCACCUGAUGGCGGCUCAGAUCCUCAAGCAGGCCAUGGCAAUGGGAAUGAUGACAGAAUACUACCACUUCAUCUUCACCACUCUGGAUCUUUAUGCAUUAGACCUAGAACCAUACCGCUACUCUGGAGUGAACCUGACCGGCUUCCGGAUCCUCAACGUGGAGAACCCGCACGUGUCCUCCAUCAUCGAGAAGUGGUCCAUGGAGCGGCUGCAGUCAGCGCCCAAGGCAGAGCUGGGGCUGCUCGAUGGCGUGAUGAUGACAGACGCUGCCCUGUUAUACGACGCAGUGCACGUGGUCUCCGUCUGCUACCAGCGCGCCCCUCAGAUGACCGUGAACUCCCUGCAGUGCCAUCGGCACAAAGCCUGGAGGUUCGGUGGCCGCUUCAUGAAUUUUAUAAAAGAGGCCCAAUGGGAGGGAUUAACAGGACGAAUUGUCUUUAAUAAAACUAGCGGUUUACGGACAGAUUUCGAUUUGGACAUCAUCAGCCUCAAAGAAGACGGUCUCGAAAAGGUUGGAGCGUGGAGCCCUUCUGAUGGCCUGAACAUCACAGAAAUUUCCAAAGGACGAGGGCCUAACGUCACGGACUCACUGAGCAACAGAUCUCUAAUCGUCACCACUGUCCUGGAGGAGCCCUUUGUCAUGUUCCGUAAGUCCGACACAGCCCUGUUCGGGAACGACCGCUUUGAGGGUUACUGCAUCGACCUCCUGAAGGAGCUGGCCAUCAUCCUGGGCUUCACCUACGAGAUCCGGCUGGUGGAAGAUGGGAAAUACGGGGCGCAGGAUGAGAAAGGGCAGUGGAACGGCAUGAUCAAGGAGCUCAUCGACCACAAAGCUGACCUGGCCGUUGCUCCUCUCACCAUCACCCACGUUCGGGAGAAAGCGAUAGACUUCUCCAAGCCCUUUAUGACCCUGGGGGUCAGCAUCUUGUACCGGAAGCCCAACGGGACCAACCCCAGCGUGUUCUCCUUCCUCAACCCCCUGUCUCCUGACAUUUGGAUGUACAUCCUCCUCGCCUACCUGGGGGUCAGCUGCGUGCUGUUUGUCAUAGCCAGGUUCAGCCCGUAUGAGUGGUACGAUGCUCACCCCUGCAACCCCGGAUCAGACAUCGUGGAGAAUAACUUCACCCUAUUGAACAGCUUCUGGUUUGGGAUGGGAGCGCUGAUGCAGCAAGGCUCUGAGCUGAUGCCCAAAGCACUGUCUACACGGAUCAUUGGUGGCAUAUGGUGGUUCUUCACCCUCAUUAUCAUCUCGUCCUACACGGCCAACCUUGCCGCCUUCCUGACGGUGGAGAGGAUGGAAUCCCCCAUCGACUCGGCAGAUGACUUGGCAAAGCAGACAAAAAUAGAGUAUGGAGCAGUGAAGGAUGGAGCUACAAUGACCUUCUUCAAGAAAUCCAAAAUUUCCACAUUUGAAAAAAUGUGGGCUUUCAUGAGCAGCAAACCCACAGCGCUUGUUAAGAACAACGAGGAAGGAAUCCAGCGAACCCUCACAGCCGAUUACGCCCUGCUGAUGGAGUCAACCACCAUCGAGUACAUCACCCAGAGGAACUGCAACCUGACUCAGAUCGGGGGGCUCAUCGAUUCCAAAGGCUAUGGGAUCGGAACUCCCAUGGGGUCGCCGUACAGGGACAAGAUCACCAUUGCCAUCCUCCAGCUCCAGGAGGAGGACAAGCUUCAUAUAAUGAAGGAGAAGUGGUGGCGAGGGAAUGGCUGUCCUGAGGAUGAGAACAAGGAGGCCAGUGCUCUGGGCAUCCAAAACAUCGGUGGGAUUUUCAUCGUUUUGGCAGCAGGGUUGGUGCUGUCCGUCUUCGUGGCCAUGGUGGAGUUCAUCUACAAGCUGCGCAAAACGGCGGAGCGUGAGCAGCGCUCCUUCUGCAGCGCCAUGGCCGAUGAGAUCCGGCUGUCGCUCACCUGCCAGCGGCGGGUCAAACACAAGCCCCAGCCACCCGUCAUGGUGAAGACGGACGCCGUGAUCAACAUGCACACGUUCAACGAUCGACGGCUGCCAGGGAAGGACAACAUGACCUGCAACACCGGGUUGACGCCUGUGUUUCCCUAGGGAAUGGGAACGGGGGGGCGGGAGGGAAGGAACUGCAGCAGACAAGGCUGGAUGCACUCUUAACUAGGGAAGAAAGGAUUAAAAAACAAGAAAAAAAAAACAGGAAAAAACAAAAAGCCUGGUUUGGUUCAUUUCAAGAACAAGGCCUUUACAACACAGCUGCAUUGAUCACCGGCAUAGAAGCAAGAACUUCAGAGCACGGACCGUAACAUUGGUCUUGGGGCUUUUCUGUUUUAUUUUUGUUAUUUUUCAUUUCUUUUUUUUUAAUGCUUAGAUCCUACAGGCCUCAUGGAGUCCAAACACACCACCACCCAGGAGUCUGAUGUUUACAUACUAAAACCACAUGGAGGCGAAACAGAAUUGAGCCAAACCGACCCUCGGCGGGUAAGGAGGAGCCCCCGAGCAAGGCUUCUUUAGCAUGGCAAUAAAAAGAAACACUUUGUCAGGUGCAGCGUGAGCAGCUGUCUGCGUGAGCAUCUACUCCACACUGACAUACACAGCACAUUUAGGGUACGUUGUCUAGGAAAGGGAGAGGUAUCUGUGACGCACCGUGAUGGUCAAGGCCGUGCCUUCUCUCAGAGCAGCUCACAGUGGUCCUUUACCUCACAGCUGUGCUGGCCACGGUCACCCGCAGCUGGAAGCCCACAUGGGGGUGUGGUGGGAGAAGGUGACACACACGUUCAUCAGUAGAUCCAAGACAGCUGGCUACGAAGGGGCAAGUAAGCCGGAAUGGAGCCGAAGGCCCGGCCAGGGAUGGGACAGCGUGUGGCAUGCCCGGGAGCUACUGCCAUCUCCAAGCGACAUCACCCGCACACCCCGUGCCAAGCUCCAGCCCGUGCCCAGGGUGACACCGUGAUCUCCAGGUCCUCAGCUCCUUCACUCUUUCUGCAAAGCUCAGUCCCUCCUGCAAAGAAGCGCAGAAAGCGGCCGAGCCCGCAGGCUUCAGCAGCGGCGGGAGCAGAGCUGUUUCCAAGAGCUGAACAGGUAUCAAUUUCCAUGAAAUUCAGCAGCGCUGAACUGCAGCCCUGCUGCGUUCGCGCUCACACCAGGAGAGGACCGUAUUUCUGGUUCGGGACUAAAUGCUCUCCAUGGCAUCGGAGACCUGAAAGACGAAGUCUCAGCCUGUAGGGCCAGGGCUGGCCUGGGACCAGCAGCACUGUGUGAGCCAAGCCCAACGCCCCUCUUGCUCUGCCCGGUGAACCGCAGCCCCUCAGGCAGCAUCUCCACAUGAUUUAAGCAAACACACACUAAAAUGUUUUCAAGAAAUCUUCCAUGAACUGUGUUCUUAUUUUCAGGUUGCUUAACCCAGAAGGCUGGUCCUGCGGAUGAAUUUAGUCAGAAUUACCAAAGACCCCUCUGCUGACCUAAAGUAGCGCUCGAGGAACAUCACUCAGCUCCAACCCUCCACAGGGAACCGCACGGGUGGCCAGUGGGACACUCUGCAGAUUCAUUUGCAAAAUGAAACAAAGAGAAACGGCUCUGCCCAUCGUAACCCAGAACAUCACAUGGAGAACAUCGCAAAGGUGCUUAAAAGCUCUGAUUUAAACACUGGUGUUGAAGAAAAGAGCACCCUCCUGCCCUCACACGUGUAAGGGGGACAGUGACCUGCUGCUGGAAACCCCUCCCGUCCCCACCGCCUGAAUCCUGGUUUGGAGGGCCGGGGGCAGCGCGGCAGGGGGCAGCGCGGCGGUGCCCGAGCUCUGCUUCCCACAGCCUCGCCCUCUGCGUCGUGAGCGUAGCGAGGUGCCACGGCCGCCGCAGGAACCAGAAGCCGAGCUGACCCGGUUUGCCCUCCCCUAGCUGCAAGGCCUUUCUGCAAAGUUUAUCCUCGCCCAAAGGAACAAACCUGUCUGUAGCUGAUUUCAGAUUUUUUUCCCCACCUGUUCCAUUCUGAGGCUCAGUCAGGAAGGUUGUCUUUGGAGCUGAUCAGAAUUAGCAAAUUAGCUCAAGGGGAGAUAGCUGUUCCCCUGCCACAGAUCAUAAUUUGUCCUUAUUUUCUCCUUCCAUGAUGUAAAAAAGCAACAUAGUGACCCAAAACAAAAAAAAAGGUAGUUUGUCACAUUUUGACUGAAGUAAAGAUAUGCAAAGAAUUUACGUUAGAUUUUCACCUUUUUAUAGAAACACUGAAAAAUUAGGGGUGAAAGCUGCCAAUUCAAUGGCUGUUGUAUUCUUAUUAGUUUGCUGAGCAAAUACCUGGAGCAGAGGGCAGAUUGGAUGCAUGGGUCUGUUCCCAAAGCUAAUGACAUUCUUUCUGUAUUUCUUUGCAAAAUCUUAGGUUUGUCAGGGUAGUAGGUUUUAUGUUCCCUUUGCAGAUCUCUCAACUCUUAGAAGGAGAUUUUUGCGAUUAAAGCAGAGAUAAAAAAAAAGCCUGAAACUGGCUUUAAAUGUCCAGAGAGUAAAAUACCACAGAAAACAGCAUUCAUUUUGCUUCUUGGCAAUUUUUUUUAAAAUCAAUAAAUAUUACUAAUACCAUAAACCCCAUUAAUGCAUCUUUGACACCAGUUUGAUUUGAUUUUAUUCACAAACAUCCCAGAGUGACAGGUGAGAAUCUGGAAUUACUGGUGCUGUCUGCCAGCACGACCAAACCCUGCAGAUUAACCUUUUCCCUCCCCUCUCCGCACUGACCAUAAAUCAGCCACAAAAUAGCAGCUAACUUCACACAUCUACAUUAUGGUGGUUUGUUUAAAUCCUCAUCAUUAAAGCGUUUGACAUAUUUAACAAGGAAAUGUUCUGCACCACUCCAACCAACGGAGGAGCUGGGGUGCUGCGUGGGACCCCCGCCUGGCGGGACCGCUGGCUCCCCCCGGCCCCGCGAGCUCCCGCGGGGAGGUGAGCUGGUUUCAGACCUCAGCCUUCCUGCAGUAAACCAGGGGCAGCUCCACCCAGAACAAGUUAACUAGCGCAGCCUGCCACCACACUGCUGAGCAAGCCCGAGUCUCUUCUGUUAGUCCCCUUGCCCCUGCGUACUCCUGGCCUUCAUCCCGAGGAGCGCAGGAGCCCAUAAGCCAUGCGGUGUUUCACCGCAGAGGAGGAGCGACGAGCCUGACGCUGAGCAGCGAUGCGUUGGGAGACCUCAGAAGGGGCAGACCCGUGGACAGAGCCUCAAAGCCUUCUGCGAGAUAUCUUGGGGCCUGUUUGUGACUAUUGGCGACUCACCUUUUAGAAAUCAUCUGACUUCCAACUUUGUUUAAAUCAGUUCCUUCUCACUUGGUGGGCAGAGGAACUGGAAAAGUGAGGAGGAAAUAAAGAAAGAAGAGGUUUGGGCUGUCAGACUGUAGCCAAACUGCUGCCACCUCAUCACUGUCCCCUUAUCACUUGCUUUUUCCUUCCAGCUCUCCUGUGAGACAGAGCAGGGGCACGGCAGGUAGCUUUGUUUGGGGUUGCUUUUCUGUUUGGAGUUAACCAACGGCGCGUGUUGGGUACGAUGUCGAGAUGACGGAUCCACAAGGGAUGGAAUAUGCGAAGGGGAACCAGCUGCAGCUCCGGGCAACCACCGCUCCCCUCUGCGGGUGCUUCUGCGGAGCAGGAUUCGGCCAGGCACGAGCACGGGUGGUCUCUGGGAAGGUGGCUGCAAAGGGACCCCUCCGAUCGCAGCAGCUGUCACUAACGCGAGCCACGCGCGGCCAAACCCCGCGGAGACGCCGAGCCCCAGCACCCAGCACCUGCGGGUGCGACGGCACGUCCCCGCGCGGGCCUCGCCGGGGUGCUCGGGCUGGCUGCGCAGGAGCGGUCCUGGGCAUCGGCGUCGCAAGCCCUCUGCUGUCUGUACCUUACUUUGACAUGUUUCUCAAAAAAAGACAAAAAAAGAAAAAGAAAAAAAAAGACAGAAAAGAGUGGAAAAAAGGAAAAAAAUGGUCUCCGUGACAUUCAGGGGAUUUUCCUUUGUGGACAUGCAGAAUUUCUAUGAAUAUAGUUUUUUGUAAACAUUUUGUAACAAUUUUGGUUUCAUAGUAACUGUGUUACUUGCUGAUCAUUCUAGGCUGAUGUAAAUAAAAUUUCCAAAAAAAGAAAGAACAAAAGAAAAAAUUCUGAUUAUUUUCCUUUUUAAGACACUGUGAUAUAUCGAAGUGCACAGUUUGCUGUAUGAAGUAAUAUGGUUUUAAAUUUUAAAUAAAGAAUAAUUUCUAGAAAAUAAUGACGUUUAUGCCUGUUUAUACUGAACAGUUGCCUUCUUCCUUCUUGAAAUGUUAUACCUAAACCCAAGCUGUUUAAUGACAUCCCCUGCCUCUCCUGA